AUGGCAGUGACUGUUAUGCUAACAGCUUUGUUCAUGGUUUCAGAGUUCAAGCAAAAGAAUGCUAAAAGAAAAUCUGAUUCAUCCAAAGCAAAGGAAGCCAAAAAUAGCAAAACAGGGGAGGAGCCUGUAACGGAGAAUCGUUGGAGAACAGAGAAUCACACGAAAACGGUGAUGAAGAUGGGAUCACAGUUGCUGAUGAAGAGUGAUUGUUUACUAGCGCAUUCUGACUAUGCAUCUGAGAAAUCUGAUGCUGAAUCUGUGGGCCACUCUCACGCAAGACAGCCGUAUUCAGCAGAAUUACUAAAAAGAUAUGAAACUGCCGUAGAGCAUAAGUCAAAGCUUUUGGACACAAUUCGUACUUUUGACCUUCCAAACAAUCCAUUGGAUGAACUCAUUGAUCAGCUUGGAGGCCCUGAUAAUGUUGCAGAAAUAACAGGAAGACGAGGUAUGCUUGUUAGGGCCUCCAAUGGAAAAGGAGUCACUUAUCAGUUCCGUAACACAAAGGAUGUAACUACGGAAAUGGUCAACAUGCAUGAAAAACGACUUUUCAUGGACGGUAAGAAACUGGUUGCUAUUAUUUCUGAAGCUGGAUCAGCAGGCGUUUCUUUGCAGGCUGAUAGAAGAGCACUAAACCAGAAAAGAAGGGUCCAUGUAACUUUAGAACUACCUUGGAGUGCUGAUCGUGCAAUACAGCAAUUUGGGAGGACUCACCGUUCAAAUCAAACGUGUGCACCUGAGUACAGGUUACUGUUUACAAAUCUUGGAGGUGAACGGCGAUUUGCUUCCGUUGUAGCAAAGCGACUAGCGUCACUUGGAGCUUUGACACAGGGUGAUCGACGGGCUGGACCAUCUCUUAGCGCCUUUAAUUAUGAUAGUUUGUAUGGGAAACAUGCGUUGUAUAAGAUGUAUAGCGGAAUUAUGGAACAGGAUUCUUUUCCAGUUGUGCCACCAAACUGUUCAUUCGAAAAUCCCCAUACAAUCCAAGAUUUUAUUGAAACGGCCAAAGCUGCUCUUGUUUCUAUUGGCAUUAUUAGGGAUACAGUUGUUGAUGAAAAUGGCAAGGUUUCUCGGAAGCUUCGUGGCCGCAUAGCUGAUCCAGAUUGGAAUGAUGUUGGACGUUUUCUGAAUCGGCUUUUAGGAUUACCACCAGAGAUCCAAAACAGGCUUUUUGAAUUGUUUGUUAGCAUCUUUGAUCAUCUUCUUAACAAGGCACGUCUCGAAGGAUAUUUAGAUACCGGCAUUGUUGAUUUCAAAGCUAACACUAUCGAGCUACAAGGAACUCCAAAGAUUGUUCAUACUGAUCAUAUGUCUGGGUCGUCCACCGUACUAUACACUUUUGUUAUGGAUCAAGAUGACAACAAGAUGAUCCAAGGAGUGGGUGUGGAGUCUCUUUAUGAAGAGGAGCUUCAUCAAGCAUGUUGGGAUCGUGGCUUACUUGGAUUGUGCUCGGUUGAUGAAAUGAAGCAACAGAUUCGUGAUUGGUUGGACUUCUCCCUUAACCAUUCAGUACCAUCUUUGUUAGGAUUCUCACACCGAUACUUUUGAGGCUAGAUAGAAAAACGAAAGUCGAUAUCUCUCUAGCUGGCCCAUUUGCAGGGGCCACACUAACACUUUCAAUGUUUGCUGUUGGGCUGCUACUUUCUUUAAAACCAGAAACUACAGCUGAUAUGGUGCAGGUUCCUAGCAUGCUUUUUCAGGGCUCUCUACUCCUCGGGCUCAUUAGUAGAGCAACUUUAGGUUAUACGUACGUCUUCCCGCUUCACAAUAUUGCAAGAUGCUGGAAGAUGUAUGCACACGGUCAUGAUUAUAAUAUCAACUCUAUUUCUAUAAAUAGUGACGGGGAAACGUUUAUUUCUGCGGAUGACCUUAGGAUAAACUUAUGGAAUCUUGAGCCAACAUAAGAAGCUAGCGGAAAAAAAAGGAUGCUGGUGAUUAUCACUCUCGGAAGCUUUGGGGCAAUCACUCAGGUGCUCACAUUCAAUUAUUGAUGUGAAACAUACAUUCUCUCUUAUUUAGAGAAAAAUUCCAAUUUCGUUCCUGACAUUUUUUGCCGGUUUUGCGACUUUCUUCUAAAGGUUUGUUUUUCCGCAUCUGGAUCCAAAAGUUUUGAAGUCUUGCUAUUUUCAUCCAGCUCUUUAACUCCAUCCAUUUUUCUCACUUAAGUCAGGGUAUUUCUGUCUUUUUUGUUAACUUAACUCCAUCCAUUUUUCUCACUCAAGCGUGCCUUUAAAACUAAGACGCGGCCACGCGGGAGUGGAGUCAAUCUGAAAAUCCAUUUUAAAGGGAACUGCUCUUUUUUGCCUUGGCAUGAAUGUCGACCGGAUGCAAUUUACAAGAUUAGUUAAGCAUGAAAAUGUGUUUUUGAGUAAACUUGGGUGAAAUGGAUGUUGACAAUGGAUAUGGGGUUGGUGUAGUUUUUUUUUAAGACACGGGGCUUGUGUUUUUAUUCUCUUUUUGCAAGCUAUGCUUGCACCACUUUUUACAAGGUUGACAUAGUUAGACCAAUUCAAUCCCAUGUGCUUUGAAGACUUAGAAAAGCUUUUUAACAAUUUGGCUACUGCUCUAUAAACUUUUAAUUAUUUAUUUAGUACUUAUCUUUUUUUACUUUUGAUUACUUCUGGUGGUCUCGAUUUGUUUUUCGAUAAAUAAAAAAAAAUCAACAGAAAAGUGUGAAUUAUAGACAGGCUGAUUAGCAUGUUCAACAGUUCAAGGGUAGCAAUAUUGUUCUUUGAUUUGCAUGAUUCUCCCAAUUUAUUUUAUUUAAUUUUUUUUAAUCAUUGGGUACUAACAAACAUCUUUUCAUUUGUUUUAAUUGUGAUAUAUAUAGUUUAGUUGUCUCAGUUUAGAAACAAAGCAAGGCUGAAAACGAUACAAGAUGAUGAUCAAAUGACGAACGACUCUCCAAAGGUACGUUUCAGAUAGGAAGUAGAAAGUUCGACAUUUCCGUCCACAUUAUUGGUUUCUUCACCAGUAAGAACGUCAUUGUGAAUUUUGAUAAAACACCUGUUGGAGGUGAACAACGUAAGAAAGUGACGCGAUAGAUUACUUAUAGUGUGGAUUUGAAGUGUAGGAUCAGCAAUCUAGCUCAAAAGGCUUAUCUUUCCAAGUUUCCGGGUUGAUUAGUUUGAAAUUGUUUAAUGUUUUAUAUCAUCUAACACUAAGAUUGAUUCAUAUACCAUUAAAGAUGCUUAGAGAUGUUGUAUGGGGUGUUUAAUGAAUUGUAACUUUUGGUGCAAAUAUCAAUUCUGGUGAUGUACAAAUCAAAUUGAAAAUUGAAAUUUUGAGGUUUGGAUUGGAUUGA